AUGCUUCCCAAAUGCAAGCCACACAUGGAAAAGAAGUGUGAAGACUACCGCGCCGACACAACGCCGUUUCGAAAGCACGGGAAAAAGGCCUACGUCACUAGUUACUUCUAUGGCUUGUGUAAUAAGAGCGCUAUCUUUUCGGAAAGCUGCCCCUAUAACCCUGUCGAGUUUGUGCCUCUCGUAGAGAUUCUGAAGAUUGACUGGGCUGCUGGUGAGCCAACGCAGCACCAGGGAACCCACAAUCUGCUCGCCACACUAUACAAGCCAGAGACCCCCAGCCGUGGCAGGGGGAGGUUCAUCUUUGACCCCCUUGACCAAAAGACGGCUGACACGAAGAGGCCAGCUACCCCGUCCAAGUCAAGCACCACUAUUGGUGAUGAUGAUCUGAUUGUAGUCAACGGUCUUCAUGAAGCCCCACCUAGUGGCUCGAAGCGGUCCGGAGAGAUAGAGGUGCUCGACGACAGCGACGACGGAGCAAGCCUGACCAAGCGGCCUAAGCGGGGGAGCUUCUGCGGAAGAAAGUAG